AUGGCGAUGGAAACACAGACCACCAGCAUGGAGGCUGGCCACGACCAGGGCCCAUUGAAGUUCUCCCGCUAUCGAUCCGUCCGAAGAGCAGCCACCCAGAAGCAGCCCAAGCAGCUGGUUACGUCGAUUGCUACUGCCCCCAGCCCCCCGAGCGCCCCUGCGACUGGAUCCCACCAUGGGACAACAUCUACGACUGAUUCAAUCAACCGCAGCAUGUCCCGAUAUCGACGCCAGCGCGCUCCAACAGCCCCUGCCAUGACCGUGCAGUCUGUCCCAGCCCUUCCGACGCAUAAAACGCAAUUGAACGGCCACAACCCGCUGCGCAUUCCCGAGGAUCAGACCGUUGCAGCGACAGCAGCGCACGUACCACCGAUGGCUCGAAGCAUGACMGAACCUGCGAAAACCGCAAAGAACCCGUUCGACGACGACGCCGACGGUACUGAGGACUCGGAAGCCGAGCGCGAGAGACACAGGCAGGAGGCGAUGGCUCGCUUAACAGGGGAAACUACAAAGCCCGCGCCAGCUGUUUCAAAUCAUCGGAGAGCGUCUCCGCGGGCCGCAGACGGCCGGCGCCAGCGUGACGAUGUACAGGAAGGGUCCCGGCGGCAUCGCAAGUCGGAGGAAACCUCCGAGCCGAAGCGUCGAUCUUUCAAGGAGAAAAUGAAGCUUGCUAUACCCAAGGACAAGUCGACCACGGAGUCGUCGGCCGUCAAAUACCCCGAGCCUCCUACAGGGAAUCACUUUACUGGGGUGGAUGCGCCUGUUUCCGCGGUGAAUUCAGGGAAGCGCAACGUUCUGGUCCAAUAUGGGAGGAUGUCGGCCAAGAUGCCCGUCAUGCCGUCGACGCGGGUUCAAGAUCUGCUAGUUACAGCCUCGGAGUGUCUGACAAGGGAAAUCGAUCCCCCCAAGUUCAUUAUGAUGGAGUCGUUCAGCCAGCUGGGACUAGAGCGGCCCUUGCGCAGAUAUGAGUGUGUGAGGGAUAUCAUGAAUUCAUGGGCGUAUGAUGGAGAGAACGCAUUGAUUAUUGUUCCUGCGGCAAGCAUCGAGUCCUUGCGCCCGCUUGAAGCGCAGAAUGUGCCAACCGCGCCUCCCGCGGAUGUAACAGUGCACAUCUACUACUCACAACGGCCCCGUAAGUGGGACAAGCGGUUUGUCACCCUUCGUUCGGAUGGGCAGGUCACUGUUUCUAAGAAGGAGCAUGGCAAGGACCAAACGAAUGCAUGUCGUCUUUCGGAUUUUGAUAUCUAUUCUCCCACGCCGGAUUUCCUGAGAAAAAAUGUGGAUCCACCAAAGAAGAUGUGCCAGGCAAUCAAGAGUCAGCAAAAGUCGAGCAUGUUCCUCUCGACGGAGAAUUUCGUCCACUUCUUCUCCACCAACGACAGGGCAGUCGCCGAGCAGUGGCAUCAAGCAGUGCAGACAUGGCGCAGCUGGUACCUCGUUCACAAAAAAGGCGCAGGCCAGAGUGAAGAUGAUGAGGAGGUUAACAGCCUCCACCGGCAGAGGAAUGGCUCUUCUCAUUCCAAGUCGUGUCAGCCACCUCCGUUCAAACCCUUGGUGGACCUGGAUUCUGUUACGGAGCGCGAACGAGCACCAUUACAGCAUUCUUCGCCUGAGGAUCAUCUCAAACCAAGCAAGAGCAAAGACAUUUUCUCGCGGAAGAGACGCUCGCGCGAGCGUGGACCGCCCCCAUCGUCUUUCCCGACAUCCCUGGCGGAGUCGGACCCGUCGGGCUCAGCAGUGCAGCCCACCGACGGCUCCCCAUUCGCCUCGUCAGGUCUUCUGGGUCGCACAUAUACGCAACGUCAACAGGCUAUGAAGGAACGAGAAGAGAAGGAAAAGAGGGCCAACGAAGAGCCGUUCAUUGCUCACGGACUGGUCGGAAGUAUGAGCACGCGUCGCGGUCCAGUUAGCCAGCCUGCCAGUCGGUCGAACACGAUGACCUCGGCGCAAGCUCCGGACAUGGGUAGUGUCAAGCGGGCUCUGUCUGUGAACAAAGGCAAACCUCUGGUCGACCUGACUCCGGCUUACCAGGAACCUCCACAGCACGCUCGCAAGGGGAGAGGCGUUGCCAUCGAACCGGGCGUCCCCUUGAUUGACGCAGCCACGGGACAUGAGCCCGUGGGAGCCAUCGUCGUCCCACCAUCGACAACUUGGAGACGCCCACCCGUGCCAGCGGAACCCCCGUCAGGUGCAGAAACGCAGACCCGCAAGCGCUCCAACACCCUUCGUAGCACCAGCAACCAGCGACACCACCACACCGCACCAGCAUCCCCAGUCACCCCCGUGGACAACACGCAACCAUCCGAAGGCCCAUUCCUAGCUAACAGCCUCCUCGCACGUUCCGUACAGCUCGCUGCUGCACAAAGCAAUGGCCCAGUUGGCCACGGCGUGGCCACCGGCGAUCGCAACGCCUCGAAGCCAAUGCUGGAUCUCACACCGGCCAACCCUUUUGCCGAAGGCAGCUUGCUACGGAACCUAUAG